AUGGAGCAGCAGCAGCAGCAGCCACGUUUGCCACCAAAUGUGCAUGGUUCUCGUGUGCCGACGCCGGGCGCACGUUCAGCUUCUCGUUCUGAGAGCGCGACGGGCGCGUCAAGUCCACGGCCCUCUGCCACAGCUCAGGUACCUCCUCGACCUAUGCCUGAUCUGCGACAAGCCACCGGAUCGCCUCGAGCCUUUAGUCCUCCCCCUCUUGCGCGUCCCCAACCACCACUUCCUUCUCACCAGCAGCAGCAGUCUCAGUCGCAGCCACAGCCACAGCCACAACCACAACCACAACCACAACCACAGUCACAGCCUUAUUCCCAAGCCCAACCGGCUAUGUCCUCCCAUGCACCGUCUUCCGUCCCUAAACCUGCUCCAGCGAUGACUGCCGCACAGCCUUGGGCUCAUGACAGACCGCCGUUGCCCAAACCAGCGACGGCCUCAAAAGCAUCGCCCGCUAUCACCGCUUCGCCACCUGUGUCGCUCUCGCCACCAGUGCCCCCUCCUGCACCUGCCGCUGCGUCAGAGUCUGUGACACUCGCACCUCCUAUCAGUGGUGCCGCCAUACCAGUCACACCACAAAGCUCUCACCGCAUGCCGACCGAGCAAGAGAAGAAUGAAGAGAUAAAUCUUCGUUUACGGAACAGUGAUACACUCGAAAGGCGGGCCAGCAAACGCUUUAGUGCCUACACAUUCAACAAAAUUGGGGCUGGACUCUUGUCGUCGAUCGGGUCGACGCCAACAUCGAUGUACACGUACGGAGAUCGACGGACGCCGCAGAGUGCACUGUCCAGUGUCAAAGAGGGUCGAGAUGGCCGCGAGGUAAAAGAGGCCUUGCAGAAUGUGACGCCAACACGUCAGAAUCGCAUGUCCAAGAAUCUGACAGAGGAAUCGCUUACGUCCUUGCGCUCAGGGGACGUGAAGCAAGCAGGCGACAAAGACGCACAGGCAGCGCGCGAGUCAGACGCCGCGAGCACAUACAGUGAGGAGCAGCCGCUCGUCGUGUUCCUGCAGGUGGGCCGGCAGACACGCAAAGUGACCCUCCCUGUCGACGAUACGCAGCCGGAUCGUGGACUGAACUUGGCUAUGCUUCGGAUGCAGUUUGUUGAUCAGUUUUCUUACUCGAGCGGUAAGCUGGACUUUCCCGAAAUCUACAUCAAGGACCAUGCUACGGGCGUCCCGUACCAGCUUGAAGACAUGAGCGACAUUGAGCCGAGAUCGCUCCUCAUGCUGAACAUUGAGCCACUUGACCAAGUGAAAGAGCAUGUGGAUCUUUCGAUUGCGUCGCUUUCACGCGAACUCACGGAGCUCAAGACGCUCCUUCGCGAGAAUACCAUGACACGCGAUGCCCCCCGGCAUACACCGAUGCUUGCCGAGUCCACGCCGAUCCCCGAUACCGAGUUUAAGAAAGCGGGCGAUCGUAUGUCGACACAAAUCAUGACAACGACACCAACGCUGCAGAACGGUACCGACUAUGCGGCAGAUCUCAAGACACACUACGAGGCGCUCCAGAAGCUUCGAAAUGACUUUGCGAUCCUGCGGCAGAUCCAGGAUGAGGGCGAACGAGACAUGCGCCACUUGAUGACGAGCGUUCGCGAGCAAGCAAAAGAAAUGAGCCGCGUCGUGGCAAUUGGGCCAUCGGCUGGGCGCAACCUAAUUGAGUCGGGCAAAGCCCAUUUGGAUGCACAGUCCCAGCAAGUGCUGACGAAUGUCGAGGACCUGCAGGACCUCAUUGAGGAUCUCAAGCUGGAUGUCUCGCACCGAGGUGUCAAGCCGAAAGCCACGGAACUGCGCCGCGUUACGAAUGACAUGAACACAGCGCGACAGCGUCUCACUGAACUGGAGCAGUACAUUCAAUCCGUACGACCACACUGGAAAAAAACAUGGGAGAACGAGCUCCAAUUCAUUGUUGAUGAGCAAGAAUUCCUGAACUACCAAGAAGGUCUCCUUACAGACCUGAAGCAGGACCUCACUGCUGUGCAGGAUGUUUUUGGACAUAUCCAGCAAAUCGUGCGCCUGCGUGAUGUCGGGCAGGCGCGUGGCGACGAUCCCGGCCGCGCUCCCACUCGCUACGUGCCACCGCCUCCUGAUGCCGAGCACGAGGGCCUGCCAUCCGUCAUGAUCGAAGUGCGUGGUCAGUCCAUCGACCAUGAGCGUCGCCUCCGUGCCCUUCAAGCAGCUGAACGAUCUCGCGAAAAGGCCAAGGCCGGUCGCUCAGACGAGUUCGCAGACGAACUGGCCGGUUUUGUGGACAACAAGGCUCUCCGGCGUACUGGAGGACACCUUGAGGCUGAGCGUGUGCGUCAGAAACGCGACCAAACGACACUGCGUGCUAUGUUUGAUGGAUCUGGCGAGGCGCAAAUGGGAACGAAGGAGUGA